AUGAAUGUCAAUUGCGAGGACAAUUGGGGACUAUGUGAGCCAGACUGUACACCCUCAUCUAUUGCUGUGUGGGACAUUCCCGAAUGUUCAGGAUCUCCAUCUGGAGGUGUAAGCCUAAUAACCUUGAGCAAAGGCAGUGAUUCUGCUGACCGGGCAGGAAUGGGGAGGGUCGGAUGGUCAUCAUUCCACGUCUCUGCCAGCACAGAUGAUAGCUACUUCUCUGAUGGCCUGACAGUUCCGUCUACUUUGCCGGAAUAUCCGGGGUGUCCCCCUAAAGCCGUUACUUCUUCCCGUUAUCCGCUUAGCUGGCUGCAAUUUGCAGAAUGGGCCAGCUGGCAGGGAACUAGACAAGCACAUGGCCAGCUACUUCUGUCCGGAUAA